AUAGGUCUGGAUUUCAUUGCAGUGCAGUCUCCUUCAGCUCGCCCUUCUACCGGUGACGCCUGCUUCGGCCGUGCGGUGUGAGGAACUUUUUUGUUAAAGUCACUUUAUUGAACCACUCGCCUCAUCCUCUAUUGAUAUAAUGGCCGUGCCUCCCUGCUAUGCUGACCUGGGCAAGUCUGCCAAGGACAUCUUCAACAAAGGCUAUGGAUUUGGCUUGGUCAAGCUGGAUGUCAAGACAAAGUCAGCCAGUGGAGUGGAAUUCAAAACAGCCGGUUCCUCCAACACCGAUACCAGCAAAGUCGCGGGCAGCCUGGAAACUAAAUACAAGAGGUCAGAAUACGGCCUGACCUUCACUGAGAAGUGGAACACCGACAACACCUUGGGAACUGAAAUCACCAUUGAAGAUCAGAUUGCUAAGGGACUGAAGUUGACUUUUGAUACAACCUUCUCACCGAACACUGGCAAAAAGAGUGGCAAAGUUAAGACCGCCUACAAGCGCGAGUUUGUUAACAUGGGCUGCGAUGUCGACUUUGACUUCGCUGGCCCCACCAUCCACGGAGCUGCUGUCGUCGGCUACGAGGGGUGGCUCGCCGGUUACCAGAUGACCUUCGACACUGCCAAAUCCAAGAUGACCCAGAACAACUUUGCUAUUGGCUACAAGACUGGAGACUUCCAGUUGCACACCAAUAUCAAUGACGGUGCUGAGUUUGGAGGCUCCAUCUACCAGAAGGUGAGCGACAAACUGGAGACGGCAGUCAACCUGGCCUGGACCGCUGGCAGCAACAGCACACGCUUUGGUAUUGCAGCCAAAUACCAGCUGGACAAGGAUGCCUCCGUCAGCGCUAAAGUGAAUAACAAUAGCCUUGUUGGUGUUGGGUACACUCAGACUCUCAGACCAGGUGUGAAACUCACCCUGUCUGGCCUGGUCGAUGGCAAGAACAUCAACGCAGGAGGACACAAGCUGGGUCUGGGCUUGGAACUGGAAGCCUAAGCUUUCAACAUACUGCAAGGGACUUGGGAAUAUCAGAAGAAUCUGGCCUUAAUGUGUGUCCAACUCUUAACCAGCAAGGGGAUAUCUUGGAGAGAUUGGUUCAAAGGCUACGACAAGUACCUCUUCAAGUUGGUGCUUCUGUCAUUGGUAUAUUUUACCUUUGUGGCUUUUUACUUUGUAGUUCUAUCUAUUCAGGAGACGGUUGGUGGCAUAUUAUUUAUAAAUCGUGUCAUUCUUUUCUGUCGGGCACUGCCAUAAUAAUGAAAUCCAUUACAAUCCCUUUGCCUGUCA